AUGUCGCGCGCUCCGGCAGACGAGCACGACGCGUUGCUGCAUGCCAUGCUCAAACUUACGCAGGUUACCACAAAAAAGGAUGUAUCGCAGGACUUGCACACAGAGUUAGCGCCAUAUAAUGAGCUUGCGACGCGGCGACUAGAAGAGAGGCAUGGGCCUGGCGCUGCUGCUCGAUCGGCGCGGCGGGCGGCGACGGAAAUGAAACAAGCGCCAUCGCAGUCACCUUUAUGGGCGAAGCCGAAGCGUCCACGUCCUGAGUCGCGUCCACGUCCUGAGUUGCGCACACGUCCUGAGCCGCGCCCACGACGGUCUGUGCCUGUGCAGCCAACCGAUACCAACAUUGCACUUGUGUCCUUGUCCAGUGCCAAACUUCCGAAACGCACACCGCCAUUGUAUAUCACAUCUCCUCACCAGCGGCCGUCUGUGUCUAUACACGGCUCGUUUGCCAACUUUUUGCAGUCGUACACGAUGUGGGAUGACGACGUCGUGACGCCUGCCGUACGUGCACAGCGGCUUGCGCGCGAUACGUAUCUUUACCGACGCAUGGACCAAUUGCGCCGCGAAGGCAAGUCGCUCGAGCCAGAGCACCCAGUACCGAUGCAAAAACUCAAGCUGCAAGAGGCACCAAGGGCCAAGGCCCAUCGCGACCAUCUGCUCGAUGCUGUACCUUGGCGUGCACAGCGCAUGCGCCAAUUUUCCAAGGGGCGUAUUCAGCUUGCAAAGAAGGUGUCACGUAUGGUAACGACGUACUGGGAUCGAUUCCAGAACAGUGACGAGCGCGAAAAGAAGCUGGAACUACGACAUCAGCGUGCGCUGGCGAAAUGGACGAUGCGCGAAGUGGCGCGGCAAUGGAAGUUCGCCAUCACGAUUGUGCGUGCGCAAAGACAAGCGAUCGAAAAAGCAGAGCGUGAGAAGUUGGGGAAGAAGCAGUUACAAGCUAUUAUUGAGCACAGUACGCAGAUGCUCAAGACACAACAUGCGGAUCUGUCAAAUGUAUACAAUGGGGAGGAGGAAGAGGAGGAGGAAGAAGAUGAAGGGGAGGAAGAGGAGGAAGAGGAGGAAGAGGAGGAAGAGGAGGAAGAGGAGGAAGAAGAGGAAGAAGAGGAAGAGGAGGAAGAGGAGGAAGAGGAGGAGGAAGAGGAAGAGGAAGAGGAAGAGGAAGAGGAGAUGGACGAGAAUAAAAGGGUCGACGAAAAAGUCGACAAAAUGGAGCAAGAUAUUACGCAAGAUGUCGAGUUAGCCAUCGUAAAAAGGAGCUCGAGCCACAAAGGUACCGACGCAGCAUCCAACAUCGAACCCAGCAUUGCCUCUAACACUGCAACCAACGAAACUGAAUCUGCAACACACUCCGCAUCCGAAAGCAGCUCCUCCGAUCGAGACGACGAAGAUAACGAUUUGGAGCAGGAAAUGCUGGAAGGAGACGAAGAAGAUGCAUCUGAAGAAGAUGAUUUGAAAGCCGAUGCCGACAUGUCCAUCGAGGAACUGAUGCGCAAGUAUGGCUACGGCGGACGUGACAAUGAAGACGACGCAUCGUCUGGCAAGCCAACCCAUGCUUCCGACGCCGACACAUCCGCGGCGCCCGACUCCGACUCCGAUACCUCUGACCAUGACCAAGACGCUACGCUGCACGCAUUACUCGGCGAUGAGAACAAAGCAGAGCCUACUCCAUUUAUCCGACCGCCGUUUCUUUUGCGAGGCACGCUUCGUGGCUACCAACAAAACGGCCUGGAAUGGCUUGUCAGUCUGUAUAACAACGACAUGAAUGGCAUUCUUGCCGAUGAGAUGGGUCUCGGCAAAACAAUCCAGACCAUUUCACUGCUUGCGCACCUCGCAUGCGACCGUGGAAUUUGGGGCCCGCACCUUGUCAUUGCACCGACGAGUGUGAUGCUGAACUGGGAAGUCGAAUUCAAAAAAUUUCUGCCUGGCUUCAAAGUUCUUUCCUACUACGGAAAUCAGAAACAGCGCAAGGCGAAGCGUGUCGGCUGGAAUACGGAAAACAGUUUCAAUGUAUGCAUCACGAGCUACCAGCUAGUGCUUGCGGACCAGCACAUUUUCCGCCGCAAACCCUGGAUGUACCUCGUCCUGGACGAGGCGCACCACAUCAAAAACUUCCGCUCCCAGCGCUGGCAGACGCUGCUUGGGUUCAAUUCGCGACGCAGACUCUUGCUCACAGGCACACCGCUGCAAAACAAUUUGAUGGACCUGUGGAGUCUCAUGUACUUCCUCAUGCCCCAAGGCAUCGAAAAAGUAGCUGCAGCCGCCGGUGCCUUUUCCAACAUGAAAGACUUUCAGGAUUGGUUCUCUAAUCCACUGGGGCGUGCCGCUGAGAAUGCGGAAGGGGUGGACGAGGAAACGCGGGCGACAGUGGCGAAGCUGCACACCGUAUUGCGCCCUUAUGUGCUCCGCCGUCUCAAGUCCGACGUUGAGCGCGAGAUGCCGAAAAAAUUCGAGCAUGUGAUCCCAUGCCGCCUCUCCAAACGCCAGCGGUUCCUGUACAAUGACUUCAUGUCGCGUGCAAAAACCAGGGAGAGUUUCGCGAGUGGCAAUUACAUGAGCAUUAUCAACUGCCUGAUGCAGCUGCGCAAAGUAUGUAACCACCCCGAUCUGUUUGAACAGCGGCCGAUUGUGACUGCAUUUGUACAGAGCCGGUCCGUCGCUGCAGACUACGAGAUCAAGGAUCUGCUAGUGCGCCGCCAUUUGUUGAAGGAGGGCAAUGACAAUGUGAAUUUGGACUUUUUGAACCUGCAAUUUACCCAGCGCGAAGAGCUGCUUACGCCCCUCGCGACGCGCCGCUACGAUGCGCUGCAAGUGUCAGAUGCACUCUCCAAUGUUCCUCCGCCCGUCGAAGAGGCUCCACUGACUACGCACUCCAUCGCCGGACUGCGCGCCGCAAUCGAAACACGCCGGAGGAAUGCUGCGUACGAAAAAGCGCAGCAUGCCGCAUAUGUAAAUCGUAUGCGUUGCAAUGCACAGCCCCUGUACGGCCGGAGCUUGCUCGCCAUGCUGCGACGCUUCGGCAGCCCCAAAUUGCGCUCGUACGAGAUUGUGGAGCGUGAACGAGGCGCGUAUUGGCAGCGCUGCGACGCGCUGUGCGAAGCCGUCCAGUCGUAUGCCCAGCGCGGCGAAUCCUGCGCAGACCUCGUGUCGCGCUUUGCAUUUGCCACACCACCCGCCGUCGCUGCCAACAUGCCGCAGUAUGCCUUGCCCGGCGUCCCGCUGGAAACGCAAUUUGCGAUUGGGGCGCCCGAGUUGGAUCCAUUGCACAAGGCAGCCGUUGCGCUGAAUAUUGCCUUCCCCGACGCAUCCCUGCUGCAGUAUGAUUGUGGCAAGCUCCAGCAACUCGAUGUACUCAUGCGGCGCUUGGUUGCGGGUGGCCAUCGCAUCUUGAUCUUUACGCAGAUGACCAAAGUCCUCGAUAUCCUGGAAAAGUUUCUCAACUACCAAGGCUAUCGCUAUCUGCGUCUCGACGGCGCGACAAAAAUUGAGCAGCGCCAAGUGCUGACGGAGCGGUUCAACCGUGAUUCGCGCAUUUCCGCUUUUAUUCUCAGCACGCGCUCUGGCGGUCUGGGCAUCAAUUUGAUCGGCGCGGAUACCGUCUUGUUUUACGAUCUCGACUGGAAUGCGGCGAUCGAAGCCCAGUGUAUGGACCGUGCACAUCGUAUUGGACAGACGCGCGACGUACAUAUUUACCGCUUCGUCAGUGAGCAUACGAUCGAAGAAAACAUGUUGCGCAAGGCCAACCAAAAACGCCGCUUGGACAGCAUGGUCAUCCAGCAGGGCGAGUUUACCACCGAGCACUUGAUGCGCAACGAUUGGCGCGAUAUGCUCGACGAGGGCGGUGCAACGCUUGGCGGCGUCAGCAUCGGCGAGGACAACGAAGCGCAAUCCACGCGCGACGUUGACCGCGCAUUUGCCGCUGCAGAAGACGUCGAAGAUGCCGCAGCGGCGCAUGUCGCCACGGAAGAAUUGCAGCUCGACGCGGCAGACUUUGCCGCAGAAAGCGUCCCUAUUCCAGACGUUGCAGUGCAGGGGCCCGAUUCGCCUCCGCCUGAGCACGAUCAAGGUGCGGAAGAGGAUCUGACGGGCUCCAUCGACGACUACAUGCUCCGAAUGGUCCAGGCCGACUGGGACUUUUUCGGCGCCUAA